CUGAAACUGCUGUAGCCUCCUUAUGCCUAGUUUGGGGAUAAAGCUGACUCCUGAAAUGAAGCUGCACAGUUUAGAGAAUGGUAAAGAACUAGAUUUGAAGCUGUGACUGACCUACAUUUAAUCAUCACUCUACAAUGGGCUUUUCCAAUUAGGUGCAGAUUGGGUUUCUUGUUUCUAAGAACUAAACUGGGUUUUCUAUUCCCCUGGUUUGAAAGCAUUUUAUCUGGCACAUCCUGAUGGGUCUGUCUGAGCAGAUGGAACGUCCAAUGGUAGAGACAACGAAGGGAGUCUUUCCUCGGUGUUAAGCACAGGGCUCAAGCUCCAUAACCUCCUGUUUGUAGAAGUCAGUCAUCAACUUAGCAUCCCCAGAAAUCUGGCAAUAGCUGCCAUCCUCUGGGGUAUUUUUGUGUCCGACUGCAGCUCCCUUGCAUUAACUAUGCCCAGUGAUAGUUAUGGUUUCUUCCAUAGUUAUCAAGUGGCCCUCACAGACUGGGUGAGGAGAGGGGUCAGGAUCAAUGGAUUGCUUGGACUCCUGAGCCUAUAGUCAGUUUACCACAUUUUGCUAAAGACAGGAGAGGGCAUUUUCCAAUCUGAUGGCAUUACCAAUUCAUGAGCCACCGUAACUGGACCUUCUAGGGACACACUCUCUCCCUCUACAGCAGCAGUUUCAAAUUUUCUUCAUCCUUUGCAGAUAUUCUCAGCUAUUUCUAGAGAAAAUUAAACAAACAAACAAACAAACUCCAGGCUGGAGCCACAACCAACCUGCACGGAAACAAAGACAUACCAGCACCUACAAUAACCCUUUUAAGGGUUCAAAGGAAGAGCUGUCUUGCCUGCCCUCCAGGCUUAGGGUGUAAGAGCUAGGUGUGGCUGGGGCUUUACCACUGAAGCACCAAAAAAAGGGAGGUAUGACAACUAGAAGAAAGAAAACAGGGCAAAGCUACCCAACAGUAAGAACUAGAGAGGCAGUAAAGGAGGCCUGUGGCUAAACCCUGGCGAUGACUAUUUGGAAAAUACCAGAGGAUGCCCCGCCUGCCGGUGCGCACGGAGCAGCCUGUGUGGUCAGGAAGCGAGGCCAACACCCUAAACAGUCUUGAGUCUGUAUGUGUAGCAUCGCACAGCCUCCCUGCCUACCGCGCCCAACCCCGGGGGGCACGAAUACAGUCCUCAGGGGCGUGGGAGGCCAAAGGCCGUGGCUGUGGAAGCCCCUCAGGUUAUCCUUGUGCCGUGCUUACAUAGUUUCUCUACCCACUCGAUGUGCACAACAUAAUUUUCCACGGCUCACCCUCUGCAGUGGUGGGAGUACAUUCCAGAAAGAGGCACACCAGAGAACUGUGGCGAAGGAGGGGAAUUCAAACUUACAGGGAGAGAGUUUGGGGAAGGGGGGCGGAUACGAGGCCGACCAGCUUCCCUGCAAAGGCCCCCCGGGGCGGAGCAGCAGAAGGGGGGGCGCUUCCGAAGGACCCCGCCGCCGCCAUCCCGCCCCCGCUCCCCUUCCCGCCUCCCGGGAGGGCCCGCUCCGCCUGCCUGAGUCACGGCUGGAGCUGGGGAGGAGCCGGGGAAAGGAGGCCCCAGCCCAGAGUGCAGCCCGCGGCCGAAGGGAGAGCAGGCAGGACGGUCGGGGAUCAUGGGGGAGAGCGCGCUGGAGCCGGGGCCUGUGUCCGCAGCAGCGGCUGGGGGCCCGGUGCAUGCCGUGACGGUGGUGACGCUGCUGGAGAAGCUGGCCACCAUGCUGGAGGCGCUGCGGGAGCGGCAGGGGGGCCUGGCUCAGAGGCAGGGCGGCCUAGCGGGCUCUGUGCGCCGCAUCCAGAGCGGCCUGGGCGCGCUGAGCCGCAGCCACGAUACCACGAGCAACACACUGGCGCAGCUGCUGGCCAAGGCGGAGCGCGUGGGCUCACACGCGGAUGCCGCGCAGGAGCGCGCGGUGCGCCGCGCGGCCCAGGUGCAGCGGCUGGAGGCCAACCACGGGCUGCUCGUGGCGCGCGGGAAGCUCCACGUCCUGCUCUUCAAGGAGGAGGCCGAAAUCCCAGCCAGCGCCUUCCAGAAGGCGCCAGAGCCCUUAGGCCCAGCCGACCAGUCCGAGCCCGGCCCAGAGCAGCCUGAGGGUGAAGUUGAGGAGAGCUCGGACGAGGAGCCCGUGGAGUCCAGGGCUCGGCGGCUGCGGCGCACCGGGUUGCAGAAGGUACAGAGCCUGCGAAGAGCCCUGUCCGGCCGGAAAGGCCCUGCAGCACCAACGCCCACGCCGGUCAAGCCACCUCGCCUUGGGCCUGGCCGGAGCGCUGAUGGCCAGCCUGAUGCCCGGCCGGCACUGGAGCCCAACCUGGAGUCAGAACCUCCACAGGACACCGAGGAAGAUCCCGGGAGACCUGGGGCAGCGGAAGCCGCAGUGCUUCAAAUAGAGAGCGCAGCCUAAUGGCUGGUGCCUCUCCGGUGCCUAUGCCCAGUCCCAAAAUAAAUCCUCCCUUUCAGAAUGCAGCCUUCACACCCAAAUAAGGAGUGAAUCCUGCAUCCACAGCCCCGCUCUGACUUGCCUCUCCCAGUUCCUUGAGGCUAGACUGUCCUCUGAGAGAGGAGCAGCCACUCUAACCUGCUUGCCCCCACUGUCAAUAAAAGUACCCUCACCUAA